AUGCCAAAAACAAGAGCAGUCACACAUGCCGAUCUUGCACCAAGUCCUGGAAGUACGGAUCUGGGUAGCAAAACAGCUGCCUUCCUCAUGGUCUUGACCAUUUUUUGUGGCUUAUUUUGCUUCGUUCUUUGCCUUAUAGCUGAAGCCACUCGUUCCCAGGUGGCAUGGGUGAGCUCUGAUAGUAAAGAAAAUGAAGAAGAUUCUCGAUGUGUAUAUACUGGCAGUGGCAAGAUACCAUUGUUGUGCGCUGCUAUUGCAUUUGCAGGACUAGCAGUUGCCAUGGUGGUGGAACAUAUGUACAUGUUGAUUGCAGUGAGCAAAGCACCGCCUCCGGCUCUAGUUGCUUGGGACCCCAAUUCUGCUUACACCAAGGCCAUCACAUGGCAGGCAGGAUUUUUCUUUGCUACAACUUGGAUAUGCUUUGCUGUUGGGGAAAUCUUGUUGUUAAUUGGGCUGAGUGUGGAAUCAGGGCAUUUGAAGAAUUGGUCUAGACCAAGGUCGAAUUGCCUCAUCAUUAGAGAAGGCUUGUUCUCUGCUGCAGGAAUCUUUGCAUUGUUAACAGUCUUCUUUGCUGCUGGAUUAUACUUGACAGCAUUGCGAGCACAAAGAAUGUCCCAAGAACACGAAACCACACGGCGAGAGAUACUUGAGGCCUCAGCCCUCUACGCGUCUCCGCCAAGGUCACCUCAACAGCGCAUGAUCACUGCAAUUGCAAGAGAGAAUCCAGUUAUUAGAGAGAAUCAGAUUGACCAACCAUCAUUCACAUAUCCACCAGCUUUCACCAAGCAGUUACAUUUGGUGUAA